GCAUUGUCGUCUGCUGGAACGGGUUAGCCUCAGACGGAGACCGAGUUUGAGGUCAACGGGGGGAGAGAGUGGUGCGGGGGCGGUGCGAGCGAGGUUUCUGGCGGCUUGGAGGUGGUGCAGCUGGCACAGCGAUACUGACGCUACUUGCUGGUAGAACGGUGACGCAGUUGCUCCGCCAGACAUUGCACUCGGAUCGACGGAUCGUAUCGUAUCGUAUCGGACUGAAACGGAACGGAACGGAUUGGAUCGGCGUAUUUAAACCAGUUGUGGAAGUCGCUGGAGGGUCAGUAGAAAGUCCAGAGCAGAGCAGAUCGGUAACGAGCUGUCCGGAGCGUGAGCUGUGAAAUUUCCUUUCUUUUCUAUCCAAUGUGCAAUUUGCAAAAGUUUUGUGUCAAUGCCAAAAAUUAGCCACACGGAUUCCAAACAAAAAUUGUUGAAACAAGCAAGAUUGGGCAAACACCUGUCAUCGAAAAAAGGAUCGCGCACUGGAAACUCGGCCAACAACAAGGAACUUAAAGUACUCACCCUGUUGCAAAGUGUACCGUGAGCUUUGACUUCUCUACAAACGCAUUGGAAGCGCAGCUUUGUGUAAUCGGCAGAAAAUUUUGAAAGAAACCGAAGGAAUAUCUACUAACAACAUGGUCUACACCGAACGUACCGACAAGUGCCUGAGCAGCACCACCAAGAACAACCAGUCCACGAAGGGUCAGAACUACUCCAAGUCGAGCAGCGGCUCUGGAUCGGGUUCAGGAUCAGGAUCAGGAUCGGGAUCGGGAUCGGGAUCGGGAUCUUGGAGCAGUCAAGCCUCGAGUGCUGACAAGUGGAAGUACAACAACAUGGUGAAGAACGAUCGCCAGCAAUUCAAUGGGAUGCAUUUCUCCUAGAGGCUGUAGUAAAUCCUAUUGAAAUGUUCCUCUAGGAAUGUGGGGAGCCUUGAGAAAUGGCAAAGCUGGGGGCUGUAAACGUUGUUAUUUCUAUUUGGCUAAGCAGGGCUCGCUUUAGGUUAGUUUUGUAAGCCGUUUCAUAGACUUAGGUAUUGCCAUGUGAUACAAAAGAGAAAUCAAUCCAAUUGGCUAAACAAAUUAAAUCAGAAAGAGAUGCGCAAAAAGAGUUCAUUUUUAA